AUGGGCUCGGGAGCAUACGGCAGUGUUUGGAUGGCACUUGACGUCUUCACCGGUGAGGUCAUGGCCGUGAAGAAAUUUGACAACUUGACUGGAAAGCACCGCGACUUUGCAAGGCGUGAAGUGCGAAACCUUCAGCGCAUCAAGGAAAGAAAUCACAAUCAUAUUCUUCAGAUCCUUGGUCAUGCGACGAGCCAAAGAGGAGAUUGGGUUGAUCUCUUCAUGCCGCUUAUGCGUGGCAGUGUCGCUUCCUUGGUUGAGGCUCCAUUGCCCGAUACGCCGGCGCUUGUUGAUCUCUCCGUUCUCAUAUUAUACCAAAUGUUGCAAGCCCUUGACUGCCUUGCUUCCCUCAAACUCAUUCAUCGGGAUGUCAAACCUGGCAAUAUCUUGUGGGAAUACGAUGAGCAAGAUAAUUACCGCUUUCGCCUGGGGGAUUUUGGUCUUUCCAAUGAUCUAUCUAAAGCAAGAACUGCUGCCGGCACGGAGCCGUUUAUGGCUCCAGAGGUGUAUUACCGGCAAAAGCAGACAACUAAGGUUGACAUAUGGUCCCUGUUUGCGACUAUCGUCUGGAUACGGGAUUCGGACUUUAGAAAUGGAUGUGCAAGUUCCCAUUUCCGCCCUCCUGAGGUCUUUGAUGUCCUUAGUGCCAUAUCACAAAGGGAGGAGUAUGCCAGAUUUUCCGGAAUGGCAAGCAUGGACGCAGCAAAGAGGCCAUCGGCGCGCAGACAGCUCAUGAUGCUCAAUGAUGAAACAGACGACGCAGCCGACGAGGAUGAUACCCAGAGCGUUAAUCCCGAUUACACCGAGGAGCUUGCCAGUCAAUUCAAUGAUGUUAACCUGGAGGAUACUCCGCGCUCUGCCAGUGGCUCGGGAAGUUCUCAUGCCUUUCCUAUACCAUGGUACGAAAGCUAUGGUGAUCUUGCUGUCAUUGGAUACAUGGAAGCUAAGGCCGGGCCCAGCACAAACACGUUUCAGCCUUGCACGCCACUGAGGGAGUGUGAUAUGGGCGGACCUUAUGUUACGCCCAUGCAAAGUCCUUGCCAACCGAUUGAUAAUCAAUAUGACGAGCAUGAAACGGUGGUUCCCGGGAAGGGGAAGAUCAGUUUUCAGAUUGCGUCCCCUCCAUCGCCGGAUUGGGAGCUUGUCAAUCGGGACGAAGACCAUGACGAAACGGAGAGGAGGUUGUCGAAAAAGAGGAAGGGGAAAGGCAGACGCUAA